AAACCCGUCCUCGCACUGUCGAAAGUUCAGGGAACCGCGAAAUCCUCUCGUUUAUAAAUAUAUAUGGUUUUUUUUUUUUUUUUUUCAUAAAUUCAUAUUUCCUUCUUUGUCCUCAAAAAAAUUUCUUUUCAGCAAAAUUUUUUUUUUACUUUAUUCACGAAGAAAAAAAAACAUUUAAGAAGAAAGAGAAAAAUUAAUUUAUUAUCAAUGGAAUGUUAAUUUAAAAAACUUUAAAAAAGAGUGGUGAUUGAAAAUAUAAAAAGUGUGAAAGCAAAUUAUUAGAAAUUUUUUUUUUUCUUCUAAAAUUGUGAAAAAUUACAAUAAUGAAGCGAAAAUACGUGGUGUGUUUUUUGUGGACGUUAUUACUUUUGCAUUCUGAUUAUGCAUUGGGAGAAGCGAAUCCCCCGAAUUUACCCUCUUCGGAUUUAUCGCAAUUACACAACUUUCCAGAUCCAGCGGAUCAAAGGCCACGAUUAUCAGUUCAACAGCAGGCUCAUAUUUUAAGUGACGUUCAACAACAUCAACAACAAUAUACAGACACAGAAACUGAUAGUCCAACAUUAAAUCUCUAUUCAACAUCAUCAUUAUCAGAUUUACCAACACCACCAACGACACCAUAUGCAUCACUUUCAAAAUAUAAAGUCGAUAGAGCCAAACAACAACAUCAAUUACAACAACAAUUACAUCGUCUACAACAAAGAAUUUAUCAACAGCAACAACAUCUCAAUCAACAAUUAAGUAAAAGUUACUUAGACACAGCUCAAAGUCAAUAUACACCAAUUAUUAAAUCAAAUCAAUAUCAUCAAUUGCCAAGAUUUAAUACAAAUAAUAAUCAAUAUCAAUCGCAUUCACCAAAUUAUGUUCGCGAUGAUUUAAAUCAACCAUUCUUUAGCGAUCAACAAACAUUACAAUUGCAAAAUUAUUUCGAACAACAGAGACAAUUGGAAAUUCUUCAAAGGCAACGUGAACAAUUAUUACUUCAACAACAGGAUUUAAGAAGACAACAGGAAUUAUUGAAAUUGGAACAACUUCAAAGACUUAAUGCUGCUACAACAACAACAACACAAUCACCACCGCAAAUUACUUCGACAAAUUCACCAUUAUUAUUGUCAUCGCCAACGGCAAGAAGAAUAACACCGGCUGAAAGUGAAUUAUUUUUAAAAGCAAUUGCAACACAUCAAAAAAAAUUUGUUACAUCAACAAGUGUACCGCCAACAACGACAACAACAACAACAACUACUACUACUACGUCUACGCAAAAAUCGGGAAAAACAAGACAGGAACGUGUACGAUUAAUUGAUUCAGAAGCUAUUAAUCAAGAUGCACUUCUUUCAUUACUUGAAGGUCAAACAAAUAAGGGAAAAUCGCAAGUUAAAUUUAUUUAUCAAAAUGAACAACAACAAAGUGGACCGUCAUCUGUUUCUGAUAGAGAUGCAUUAUUGAGACAAUUGAAACAAGUUCUUUCGAAAUCUAAUGAACUUGAGGAUGAGAGGAACGUUACUACAAGGGAAAUAGUGUUGUCAAAUGGAAAGAAAGUUCGUGUGAUUAAUGCCGGUGGUUCGUCAAGUUUAUUAUCAUCAGUGACAACAAUAAAACCACCAAAGGCAAUAUUUGAUGAAUUAACAAAAGGCGUAUUACCGCCGGGAGCUGAUUUUGAAGUAAUUAGACAUAAAGAAGAUGGAAAGCUUGAGGAAAUUGGAAAAAUUCCACUUUCAAAUUUACCAGCAAAGAAAGUAACAUUUGUGGUUUUAGAAGAACAACCAGACGGUAGUUAUAAAGUUCAAGGGGUGAAAGGUAAUGCGGAAAAAGACAGUACAGUUGAUGUACAAUCAAUUGUCGAUAGAAUUAAAAAAGGUGAACUCAAAUUACCACCAAGUUCAUUGAAUCCAUCAACAAUUUCAAAUUCACUUCCUGUCACUGCAACAACAUCAACAAAUAGAUUUGAAAAUAAUUUUCCAUCAUCCACCGAAAGAUCACGUUUCUCAUCAACUUCAUUUAGACGCGGUUCGAGUAAAUCGUCAACGGAAAAUAUUCCCCACGUGACAGUGUCGCCAAAUUCAGUAUCAUCGACAGAUAAGUAUGUGACAUCAGCGUCAUCAUUUACCGGUCAUGUUUAUAAUAAUAUUGAUGAUGAUGAUAAUGAUAAUUUAAGGACAAAUAGUUUUGCAAAUACAGGAAGAAUUCCAUUUGUGCCAACUAUUUUGCCAUCAAAUGACAAUGGUGGAACAACAACGGAAAAAUCAUUUAUUUCAACAACAUAUAAACAACAUCCAUCACAAUUGACAUCACAAAUUAAUUAUUCAUCACAAUCAGUGACAUCGUCACCAACACCACGUUCAAUAUCAAGUACAAUGAAGACAAUAUCAUCGAGUACACUAUCGGGUAAUAUUAUUCAUCAAGAUAACUAUGAGAGAAGUACAUCAUUGCCAUCAUCAACAAUUGCAUCUUCAUCAUCAUCAUCAUCAUCAUCAUCGCCAUCAUUACCAGAGAGCCUUAAUGUUUUAUUACGAAGAGAAGGUCUUUUUGCCAUGGCUAAAUAUUUAAGACAAUCGGGAUUGGAUAAUGUAUUGAAUGAAACUGGACCAUAUACAAUAUUUGUUCCAACUGACAAAGCCUUUAGAACACUCUUGGUACAAUUAGGAGGUCCUGAAAAGGCUGAUCAAAAAUUCAAAGACAAUCCUCGACUUCUUAGUGGUUUACUAUUACAUCACGUGAUACCAGGUGCAUUUAAAAUCAACACAUUGUUGGACGAAAUGACCGGUGUUAGUUUAGCAGGAACACAACUUCGAGUAAAUGUUUAUUCCAUGCAUGAUCAUGAGUGGAACGACGUCAAAGUAACAACAAUAAAUGGAGCUAGAGUGGCUCCCAAUAAGCGUGAUAUCGAAAUUCCUCAAGGUAUUGCUCACGCCAUCGAUAGAGUUAUGUUCCCACUUCCGGUGGGUGAUUUAAUGCAGACAUUACAGGCUGAUCGUGAACGAAGGUUUACUACUUUCAUCAAGCUUUUACACUCUUCUGGUCUCGAUGAAAUGCUUUCUGGACCAAAAACAUAUACAGUUUUUGCACCAACUGAUGCUGCAUUUGCGGAAGCUGCAACAAAAACUGGUAGCGCCUUAUGGAGAGAAUCAGAUGGACCUGAUGCUGCAAAAGAAAUAGUUACGAGGCACAUAAUUCCAACGACUUUGUACACGGCAGGAAUGAGGUUUUAUCAUCAAAAAGAAACGCUUCGUGAAAAAACGCCGCCAAUUCAUAUUCAAAAAACAGGUGGACGAAUUCGAGUAAAUGAGGCUCAUAUGAUAACGUACAAUGUGCCAGCAACAAAUGGAGUUUUACAUGCAAUUGACACAGUUUUGUAAAGACGAAGGCAAAAAAAAAAAAAUAAUAUUUAAAUGCCAGUUACCGGUAAUUGUAUAAAAAAAAAAAAAGCCAAACACACAUAGCUCCUAGCGAUGAUCUAUUACAAUUAAGAUGCAAUCUUGACUGAAAGUAUUAUUUAAACUUAUAUAUUAUAUUUUAAAUUCAAUUUCAAAACCUGAAAGUGAUUAUUUUAAUUAUUAAUUUCCCAGCUGUAAAUUAUUUUUAAUUAUCUUUUUUUUAAAUCAGAAAAUUGCAUCUCUAAUUAUAUUUAUAAUAUAUAAGUCGUAGUAAUAUAUUAACCGUCAUUAUUUUUUAGUUGACAGUGUGAAAUUUAUUUUUCACCAAUUAGAUAUGUUUUCAUUUAUACACGUAUAUAGUAAGAGACUGCUUUCAAGAAUUUACUUUCUUUCGAAUAUUUAUCUUUUUUUUUUUUUAUUUUUAUACAAUUUCUACAUUGUUUGAAAUAUUUUUACAACUCUUACUUGAAAUAAUCGUGUUAUUAUUUUAAUACUGUCAGUCAAGAAUGUUUAAUCUCCUCGUAUUUAUUUAAAAACAAAAAAGAAACUAAUUAAAAAAUUGUUUUUUAAUUUUUCAAAUUUUUUUCAAAUUUUUCUAAUUUUAGAAUAACUUUUACUUGAUUCAAAAUAAAUAAUUAUCAAGUAAAUUGUUUAUUAGAUAGUAUUAAUGAAUUACUUGAGUGUAAAAAAAAAAAUUAUUUGACUGAAUAAUUUAAAUAAUACGAGACGAUCAUUGAAAUUUUUCGAGCUGUCCAAUAAACGAAAUGCCAUAUAUUAAAAAUGAAUUGAACGAAAUCGAGAAAGGAUAGUUUAUGAGCCUCUUUCUUUUUAAUAAUUUAUACGAAUAUUAGUAUUAGACGUAUGCGUUCUUUUAAUUUAUACAUCGUAAAAAAAAACAAAUUUAUACACGCAUUUACGUACUUGUAUUCACGACAUAUAAUUACGUUCGGUUUUAAGGUAGCUUGUAUACUUUAUAAAUAAAAUGUACAGACUUUUUCAUGAAA